UGAGGUGCAGUCAAGAGUUUCGACAGUGUUUGGUGAACUGACUGACUUUGAGCUAUAUUGAUAACUACUCUCGCGUGAAACUCACGCUUUGUUUUCGUGCACGUAGUUACGCAUUUAAGCUUCUUUAGCAGCGAUAUUUGUAAUUUGCAGCCCAGAACUUGCACUAACUGAUCCUCCUGUGAAGAAGAGCGAUGGAUUUGGUGUGUUUAGUGUAUUUGACGCUGAGCAUCGGUGCUUGGUUUGCGUCUGCGGAGAGACACAGCGUCUACUGGAACAGCUCGAACCCACUCUUCUUGUGGGAUGAGUACACGGUGGAAGUGCGCAUCAACGACUAUCUGGACAUCGUCUGCCCCCACUACACCCACGGAGAGGUGUCGCUGCAUGCGGCCGAACGCUACGUGCUCUACAUGGUGGAGAAGGAGGACUACGAGGUUUGCAAACCCCACUCCUUCGACCAGCUGCGUUGGGAGUGCUCGCGGCCGUUCGCUGCCCACGUUCCUGAGAAGUUCUCUGAGAAAUUCCAGCGUUUUACCCCGUUUACCUUGGGAAAGGAGUUCAAACAAGGAGAAAGCUAUUAUUAUAUCUCUAAGCCGAUGCACCACCAUGGCCAGGACUGUCUCCGACUUAAAGUGGAUGUCAUCGGGCACAAAGGCUCCGGAAAGACCCACCUAGAGAAAUCCAAGGCUGAAGAUACAGGAAACAGCAUGGAGGGAGGAAAAGUGAAGUUUCCUGCAGCAGGAGGAGUUCACAACCCCUCCAACCGGCUCCCAGCAGAUGACCCUGCUGUGAUGGAGCCAAACGUGCAGAGGAGUAUCGGCAGUUCAGGAGAACAGCUGGUCUCCUUUUCUCUCCUCUUCACAAUGCUUCCAGUCUUAAUAGCACUCAUGCUACAAUAAGGCCGCGCCACGACAGAGACAAUACUAACCCCCGAUGCUGGUCAUUGGGACCAUGAACACUCAGAGACUUUUUUUAUACAGAUUUUUAUACGAGCAUGGACAGUUGUGUGAGUGUGUGUUUGCAUGUUUGUGCGAUUGUUGGACGUGGAUCGUUCCAAAGAAGAGGACCUCAACUUUUUUUUUUUCAACGGGAAUGGAAGUUCUCAUUUUUGACACUUUGACUAUUUUUUUUAGUCGUUAUGAACAAAAUCUUCAAGCAAGCAAACUGAUCAAGAUACUUCAUGGAUUAUCAUCAUAUUGAAAAUGACGAGAGGAUACAUCGUCUUUCUUAUCCUAUCCCCCCACCCCCGCAUUACCACACCAUUGGUACAGAUUUGUCAUUGUUCUCCUAAUAUCCAACUGUUUUUUUU